CGGGAUGGGAGCCGGAACCGACAUGGAUCCCUGAAUGGGAUGAGGGUGAAAUUGCCAUUGCUGGCUGCAUCUAUUUUCCAGUCCCAACAUGUUGAUGCACUUAUUUCGGGUCGGGAUUCGGGGCGGCCCUGUGCCAGGCAGGCCGCUACUACCGCUCCGGUUCCAGACGUCCACGACCGUCAGGCACUCCAGUGGCCGCCGCAGCCCCUACCUCCUCAGGGCCAUGGCCCAGCUCCGGUCCCAGCUCCGGUCCUGCCUCCCUCGGACUCCCCCGGCUCCCAGCCGCAGCCUCUCUGGCUGGUGCUGGGUUGGGGGCAUGCUGCUAGGCCCCAUGGUGCUAAGCAAAUGCUCCUGCCUCUGCCUCGUGGCGCUGUGUGAGAAAGAAGAGGCCCUGUCCACCUGCUCCAGACCCAGUGGCACGGAGUCCCACUUUAACUGGAAGCUCUUCUGGCAGUUUCUGCGCCCGCACCUGCUGCUCCUGGGAGCAGCCAUUGUGCUGGCAUUGGGUGCAGCACUGGUGAACAUACAGAUCCCCCUGCUCCUGGGCCAAUUGGUAGAGAUCGUGGCCAAGUAUACAAGGGAACACGCGGGGAGCUUCAUGACCGAGUCCCGGAAUCUCAGUACCCACCUGCUCGCCCUCUAUGGCAUCCAGGGACUGCUGACCUUUGGGUACCUGGUGCUGCUGUCCCGCAUCGGAGAGCGCAUGGCCGAGGACAUGCGGAAGACCCUCUUCUGCUCCCUGCUCCGGCAAGACAUUGCUUUCUUUGAUUCUAAAAAGACAGGGCAGCUGGUGAGCCGCUUGACAACUGAUGUGCAGGAGUUUAAAUCAUCCUUCAAGCUUGUCAUCUCCCAGGGACUGCGGAGCUGCACCCAGGUGGCUGGCUGCCUGGUGACCCUGUCCAUGCUGUCCCCACGCCUCACGCUCCUGCUGGUGGUGGCCACACCUGCCCUGAUGGGAGUUGGCACUCUGAUGGGUUCAGCGCUCCGAAAAUUGUCUCGUCAGUGUCAGGAGCAGAUUGCCAAGGCAACAGGUGUAGCAGAUGAGGCCCUGGGCAACGUUCGGACCGUGAGAGCUUUCGCCAUGGAGCAACGGGAAGAGGAGCGCUAUGGAGCAGAGCUGGAAAGUUCCCGCUGUAAGUCAGAGGAGCUGGGCAGAGGCAUUGCCUUAUUCCAAGGACUUUCUAACAUUGCCUUCAACUGCAUGGUGCUGGGCACCCUGCUCCUCGGGGGCUCCCUCGUGGCUGGACAGCAGCUGACAGGGGGAGAUCUCAUGUCUUUCCUUGUAGCCUCCCAGACAGUGCAGAGGUCCAUGGCCAACCUCUCGAUCCUGUUUGGGCAGGUGGUGCGGGGGCUCAGCGCGGGAGCCCGUGCCUUUGAGUACAUGACCCUGAGCCCAUGCAUCCCAUUGUCUGGGGGCGGCUGCAUCCCUAAGGAGGACCUCCGUGGGUCCAUCACAUUUCAGAAUGUCUGUUUCAGCUACCCCUGCCGCCCUGGCUUUGAGGUCCUCAAAGACUUCACCCUGACGCUGCCCCCUGGCAAGAUUGUGGCCCUUGUGGGCCAAUCUGGGGGAGGAAAGACCACCGUGGCCUCCCUGCUCGAGCGCUUCUAUGACCCCACAGCAGGAGCGGUGCUGCUGGACGGCCAGGACCUGCGCACGCUUGAUCCAUCCUGGCUCAGGGGCCAGGUCAUCGGCUUCAUCAGCCAGGAGCCAGUCCUGUUCGGAACGACCAUAAUGGAGAACAUCCGUUUCGGGAAGCUGGAAGCCUCUGAUGAAGAGGUAUACGCAGCCGCCCGGGAAGCCAACGCCCACAGCUUCAUCACCAGCUUCCCCCAGGGCUACAACACCAUCGUUGGUGAACGGGGCACAACCCUGUCCGGUGGCCAGAAGCAGCGCCUGGCUAUCGCCCGAGCCCUCAUCAAGCAGCCCACAGUGCUGAUCCUGGAUGAGGCGACCAGUGCACUGGAUGCGGAGUCAGAGCGGGUCGUGCAGGAGGCCCUGGACCGGGCCAGCGCUGGCCGCACCGUGCUGGUCAUUGCCCACCGGCUCAGCACCGUGCGUGGGGCCCACCACAUCAUCGUCAUGGCCGACGGCCAUGUCUGGGAGGCUGGGACCCACGAAGAGCUCCUGAGGAAAAGUGGGCUUUAUGCUGAGCUCAUCAGGAGGCAGGCCCUGGAAGCCCCACUCACCUCAGCCCCACCUCCAGAGAAGCCAAAAGGCCUUGGGAGGCAUCACCCCAAGUCCUGAGAAGGGGCCGGCUGCAGUCUGGCCAUUACAGAGCAUCGGUACCCAGGGCUGGGGCUCGGGAGCACACACCAGGGAUGGAGCCCCACGCACGAGGUGCUCCACUUACUCAUAAUAAAACCUGGGUCCUGCGUGGCCAGGCUCGGGGAGGAGGUUGGGGGUGCUCCCAUCCCCUCCCCACUCCAGCUGCCAGGCUGCUUCCCUCCUACCAGAGCCCCUGGAGCAUCUUUGGGCAGCAACGGGCUCUCCCCAGGCUGGCUGUCCCUUUGCCCAGACCCUCCCCAGUCCCCCUCUCAGAAACAUUCCGCUGAGUCUUCUUCCUCCAUCUGGCAUGCUCCAGAUGUGCAGGCCCCCUGCUCAAGGGAUGUUUUAAAAAUUAGGGGCUGGGAAUGGGUGUGUAGGUUCAGACCGAGGAUUCUGCUCACACCUCCUCCUCUCCCCCGACCCUUGCUGGCCUCGGUUUCCUGACAUGGGGUCUGACUUCCCUGUUCUCCAUCCCUGUUGCCUCUCUGGGCCCUGAGAGAAGCCUGCUCCUUAGCCAAACCACUCAAACCAGCAGAGUCCCCAUUCUCCAAAUAACUUCCCUUCCUCCCCUCUGCUCUGGUAACAGCCUUUAUUUCUAGAGUCCUCCCUAUCCCUAGACCAAUAAGAACUACUGCAGCCUCAGUCCUGCCCCCUUCACCCCCCACCCAGAUGGGACAUUUGCCUGGCGCUGCCUGACCCUUACCAUGGUCCCUGCCCUGGUGAGAUUGUGGCUCAGCCUCCCCUCUACACUGAGACAACACCCAGAACUCAGCUAUGUGGGGCAUAAGGUGCUAACAAAGUAGUAAACAUACAGGGAGAGGAUUGUGCUAACCCCUCAGCACUGACAAAACGCACCACACAGUCAGAGGAGUGACCUCUGCCAGACCAGCCUCCCCAGACUGCUGGGAGAGGCGCCGCGGAGAAGGUGGAGCUGGAGCCUCAUCUUGGGAGAGGAGGGCAAAGGGCCGUGAGCCGGUGGUCCCAGAGCUGUGAAGGAGAGGACCUGAAAGGCACAGUGGCAGGGCCCUUGGGCUGAGCUGGCACCCCAGGACCUGUGAGCAGUGUGGGCUCCACGUCCCUGUGCUGCUCCAGAUAGCGCUGUCCCUCUUGUUUACUCCCGGAGCCAGUUGCCUCCCCUGCCUUGAGACUGAUGUCACUUCCCGUUGGGAAGUCCCCACCCCCACCCCCGUUCUGAGGAGCAGGGCAGUGUCCUCAGGGCUGAGGAAGAGGGGUUGCCUGUGCUGGCCCUUCAAGGCCAGCCAAGCAUUCCUGUGGCCAAAGAAGAGCAAUGCCAUGUUUGGGGAGACACUGUGGCAGCGGUGUGCGGGACAGAGCAGAGACAGCCAGGGGCUGGGCAGCCGGCCUGGGAGGGGUAGCUGCGUCUCAGGUGUGAGUGAAGGAACCUGCGGGGAGAGUCCCAGUUUCUGGGAUGCUCAGCCUCCUCUUGGUGUGGUUUAGGAUCAGAUGCUACUUUGGGGCCCCAUCACCCACAAUAUCACAGGACCACACCCACCCUGAUUUGAUAUCCUGCUUCCUGACUGAUACAUCUCAGGCGGAGCUCGAGGGCAGCUUUGGGUUGCUUUGCCACUAAAUACCUCCCCAGUACAGACAAGAGCAGGGCCUCAGCUUCCUGGCCAAGUCGGGCGAUGCCCAGCCUGGCCAGGGCGGCCCUGCUUAUCUGUCUGAGCCCUUCCCCGUGGGAGAGCUAGCCGCGGCAGCUCCUGCUGCACCAGCUUCAGCCUUGAGGCUCUCAGAUCACUUCUGACACCAGAUUGGAGGUCUCUCCUUACAUGCUGCCCUCCCCGCCUCCCACCAGCACCCACUAUGGAAGUAGCAAAACCCCCUGGAAAAUCUUGAGCUGGAAGCUGCCAUUCUCUUUCUGUGUAACCUUAGCCUCUCUCAAGCUCUUCAAUAGAGACAAUCCUGGCUGGACUUAAUCUUAAAAGCUUAAAAAAAAAAAAACUUUUUAUUUUGAAAUUCUUUCAAACUUACAAGACAGUUACAAAAGUAAAUCAAACCCCACACAGAGAACUCCAACAUGUCCCUACACCUGCCCCCAGAUACCCAGAUCCACCAUUUUUAACAUUUUGCCACAUUUGCCAUAUCAUUCCACCUAUCUGUCUGUCUGUCUAUCAACCCAUUUUCUGAACACUUGAGUGUAGGUUGUGGACAUCAUGCUCUUAGAGCACUUAAUCCUGAGAACAAGGAUAUUCACUUAUGUAACCAAAAGUGAAAGAAAUUUAACAUUGAUAGGAAGCUUCCAGCCUAUAUUCCAAUUUCUGCCUAUGUCCCAGUAGUGUCCCUUUGUGCCUUUCCUCCUCCCUUUCCAGAUCCCAUCCCAAUCAUGUAUUGCAUCCAAUUGUCAUUCUCUCUCCAGUUGCUCUUUCUCUCUUCUCUUUAACUGUGGGGAGAAAGCUUGUUUUAAGAAGUUAAGUGGGAUAGCCUUGGAAAGAAGGUCACAUACUUCAAAAAUAUUUAAGUAUCUGUUCCAUGCCACUCGGCCAACAGUGGGGAGUGAGGCCCGGUCCCUGCCCCCAGGAAGCUUACAGUCCUGUCGAGAGGACAGACAGGUAAACAAGCAAUUGCAGUACAGCGUGAUAACGUUCAGUUGGUGGAACUGGGUUGUUUCUACCACUUAAGUCUGAAACAAACCUGCCGCCUCAAAGGCUCUGUGGAAGGAGAUGGAGUAGAAAUAAAUUUCA